AUGCACGUGUUCCUGCAGCUUGGCCUUGGCCUCAUACUGCUUGGCGCACAUUAUGCCUCUGGAGCUGCGGUUCCUAGCUCACAGUGCCGAAGGAGGUGCGGCAAGGUUGAGAUACCGUACCCAUUCGGCAUCGACCCCAACUGCUCUCUCAUGGCGGACGUCUUCGACCUCAGUUGCGAGCUUAGAGAUGGCAUCCUCAAGCCAUUUAGGGGGAUCUUUGAGGUACUGGACAUCUCCCUAACCCACAGCACUGCCAGGGUACUCAACAACAUCGAGGCUUCCUGCUACAACAACACCACCAGGAGCAUGGAGCAUUUUGGCUAUCAUGAGAGCGCGAACGGAGGGCCUUCCUCCGUCUACCGGCUCUCGGACGUCCAGAACAGGUUCACGGUCAUUGGGUGUAGCGCACUCGCCGCCAUGUCCGAUCCGGAUGGCACGGGCUACCAGGGGAUGGCCGUCGCCACAUGUCGUGACCUGUCGGACCUUGUGGACGGGUCCUGUGCCGGCAUGGGCUGCUCCCAGACCAUGAUACCCAAGAGGAUGUACUACUACGACACAAACUUCUCGAGCUCCGUCAACACGAGCCGGAUCUGGGAGUUCAACCGGUGCAGCUACGCGGUGCUCAUGGAGGCUGCGGCUUUCAACUUCGACAGUAUGUACAUUGGCAACACCACGUUCAAUGACACGUACCAUGGGUGGGUACCAAUGGUGGUUGAUUGGGCUAUAAGAGAUGUGCACUCAUGUGAUGCUGCACAACGGAAUACGACGUAUGCAUGCCUCAGCAGCAAUAGUGUCUGCGUGGAUUCUGUCAAUGAUUACGGGUACACAUGCAACUGCUCCCAGGGAUACGAGGGCAACCCUUAUCUUCAGGGUGGAUGCAAAGAUGUUGACGAAUAUAGUAACAACAACCCUUGUCCUUCGGGAGGCACUUGCCACAAUACCAUUGGAGGAUACCGGUGUUCUUGCCGAGUAGGAACAAAACAGGAAGGCAAUACUUGCAACCCAAAUAUUGGCUUGAUACUAGGAGUUAUAAUCGGAUUAUUUGGGUCCAUUGUUAUCACCAUGAUUAUUAUCUUUUGGGGACAAAUGAUGAUCCAAAAGAGAAAAUUGGAAAAGGUUAAGCAGGAGUAUUUCCGCCAACAUGGAGGGUUGGUUUUGUUUGAUAGGAUGAAAUCUCAGAAAGGUCUUGCUUUCACGAUAUUUUCAGAGGCUGAACUCAUACAUGCCACCAACAACUUUGAUAGAACCAAAAUACUUGGAAAAGGAGGUCAUGGAACAGUCUAUAAAGGGAUAGUGAAGAACAACAUGCCGGUUGCAAUAAAAAGAUGUGCAUUAGUUAAUGAAAGGCAAAAGAAGGAAUUUGGCCAAGAGUUGCUCAUUUUGUCCCAAAUAAAUCACAAGAACGUUGUUAAACUCCUGGGUUGUUGCCUUGAGGUGGAAGUUCCAAUUCUAGUAUAUGAGCUUGUUCUAAAUGGCACACUUUUCGAGCAUAUUCAUGGCAAGUACCAAGCAUCGCAAAUCUCCUUCAGCAAUCUCUUAAGGAUUUCUUAUGAAGCAGCGGAAGGAUUGAGCUUCCUACACUCCUAUGCAUCUCCCCCGAUUAUUCAUGGUGACGUUAAAACUUCCAAUAUUCUUCUUGAUGAGAACCACAUGGCCAAGGUGUCUGACUUUGGAGCCUCGAUACUAGCCCCAUCCGACAAAGAGCAAUUUGUCACAAUAAUUCAAGGUACCUGUGGAUACCUUGAUCCCGAAUACCUGCAAACAUGCCAGCUAACAUCUAAAAGCGAUGUGUAUAGCUUUGGAGUAAUUCUUUUGGAGAUCAUUACCGGGCAGUUGCCAAUGAAGCUCGAAGGGCCUAAUAUGCAGAAGAUCUUAUCAUCAACUUUCCUAUCUGCUAUGAAGGAGAACAAUCUUGAUUCAGUGUUGGCUAGCCAAGUAAAAGCACAAGCGAGCAUGGAGUUGUUGAAAGGGCUUGCGAACCUAGCUAACAAAUGCUUAGACCUGUGUGGUGACAACAGGCCCUCCAUGAAAGAGGUUGCUGAUGAGCUCGCUAGACUGAGAAAGCUUCCAAUGUAUCCAUGGGUACGGCUGGGCGUGGAGACGCAUGGAGAAUCUGCUAGUGUCCAGGUAAUAGAAUCUGACUAUUAUAUGGGAGAAGAUGAGAGCCAACACAUAAAUCCAGGAAGUUCUUACUAUGCUAGGUGA